UCGUCAACAUAUCGGAGAAAUUUCUAAUAUAUCCGAAUAUCGCCGGCUAUGUGACAGCCACUUCUCACAGUAUAUAUGAUCUUCAAGAAGCCUAGAAACAUCCAGAUAUCUCAUAGCUUCACUAUUCGUAUCAAUUUCAUCAAAAAUAUCCCGAUAUCUUUCCAACCCCUUAUCUCAAAGUUCACUAUGGCGUCCGACCUCCCCCCUACGCACCGCGCUCUCGUCCUCGAGACCAUGGAAGACGGCUUCCACGUCCAGACCGUCCCAACUCCGCAACCCGGGCUCGGCAACGCGAUCAUCCGCAUCGCCGCGGGCGGCAUAAUCUCCUACCACCGCGAAGUCUACAACGGCGGACGCAGCUACAACUUCCCGAAGCCCAUCGUCGGCGGCGUCAGCGCCAUCGGCCGUAUCGCCGCCCUCGGCCCGGACUCGACCGCGCUCGAGCUAGGGCAGCUCGUCUUCGUCGACUGCAUGAUCCGCUCGCGCGACGACCCGGACGACCAGUUCCUGAGCGCCAUCCACGAGGGCAUGACCCCCGGCAGCCGCAAGCUGAUCCGCGACGUGUGGCGCGACGGCACCUGGGCCGAGUACGCCAAGUUUCCGCUCGAGAACUGCUUCGCGCUCGACGAGGAAAGGCUGUGCAGGGGUUUGGGAUACAAGAUCCCGGAUUUGUUGUAUAUGUGCCAUUUACUCGUUGCGUAUGGUGGAUUUAGGGAUAUUAGGCUCGAGCCUGGGGAGACGGUUAUUGUGGCUCCGGCGACGGGAGGGUAUGGCGGCGCGGGCGUGAUGACGGCUGUUGCUAUGGGGGCGAGGGUUAUCGCUGUGGGGAGGAAUGAGAAGGAGUUGGUGAGGUUGAAGGAACUGGUUCAGAAAGGCUCGCCUCAUAACGCCGGCAUCGAAACAGUGAGGUUGACUGGAGAUGAGGUGGCGGAUGCGAGUGCGAUGAAGGCUUUUGGGCCUGUUGACGCAGUUCUGGAUUUUUCGCCGCCGCACGCGGCGAAGUCGUCACAUCUCAAGAACGCUAUAUUGGCUUUACGCAGAGGCGGGCGCGCUAGCUUGAUGGGCUGGAAUGAAGCUGUCGCUGUCUCGGCUCCCUACAUCAUAAGUAGGAACAUCACGAUGAAAGGGAAGUUGAUGUAUGAAAGAGAAGACAUCCUACACUUCAUCAAGAUGUUGGAAAGGGGCUUGUUUCCCCGGGGCAAGAAUUUUGUCGAUACGAAGGUCUUCAAGCUGGAGGAUUGGAAAGAAGCCCUCGACGUGGGAGCAGACCACACCGGUAUUGGAAAAUUCGUGGCUUUCACCCCCUGAGCUCGUUUAGGGGUAUCGAAAUAUUGCUCUUCAAGAGCACCUAGGUAGUGGAUAGAAACUGCUUUGCCAAAUCACGAAUAGACAAUCUCCCCUUAUUUUUCAUAGGAACAAUUAAAUCCGGUGUACAAAUGGUUUAUCUUCACUGAGAGGUGUGAUGCCGUUGUAUGACUUCAGGUGAUACAAGGGUUAGGGUUGGGGUUGGGUUUUCUCCGAUCAGAACAGGGGCUCAACAAAAUGCGCGUAUCUUCC